CCAUUGCACAGCACAACUUCAAGUUCAUCCAUAUACCGAACCCCAAUCCUAUCAAAAUGAUGACCAAGACCCUCACCCUCCUGGCCACCACCCUGGCCGUGGCCGUCACCGCCAACCCGACCGUCGGGUACGCCGGCUACUUCUACGAGAACUGCACGGCGCCCAGCAUCGACGCGGGUAACGCCUACGCGGGCUCGUGCCUGAACGUGGAGAACUUCCCCAUCAAGUCGUUCACCGCGUACGUCGAGGCCGGCGCCUGCGCCGACGGCACUUCGGCCGUGCUGCACACCUACACGGCCUCGGGCUGCGACGAGUCGACCCUGUAUGAUACCGUGAGUGUGGACAGCGAGAAGCAGUGCUUCGAGGCGGAUGUCACGCUUGUUAGCAUUAAGUCUGAGUGUGUUUGAAUCUCGUGAAGGGGAUCGAAUGAGAGGGAGGAGAGUUGGUGAGAGGGU